CAAAUUGUGUUGUUUUGUGAGUACAAUAUUAGGAUUUAAGUAUCUGUGAUAUUGUAUAGACUAAUAUUAGAUUAUGAUCAAUAGUAUAAUAGCAAGUAAACAUAGUCGUACAUAAAUAAUCUUGUAACAUUUCAUUUUCAAUAAAGAAAUGUUUCAGAGAUUUUCUUCUUUCUUUAUUUAGAAAUCCCUUAACACUCCCUAUCCCGAAAUAAAAAUCCUAAUCAAUGCAGUCCUCGUCAAUGAUUUUUUGCUUAAAUACAUUAAAUAUUAACUAUUUUAUCACUAUGUACCUAUGUCAUCUGUUACAAGUGAAAUUCUAAGUAAUUUAAAAUAAAAAAAAUAUUUUUUUUAUUUAUUAAAAAAUAUUGUUUGUUUUUCUGGCAUACAUAAAGCACUAUUCUGUUUUAAUUGUUGUUCUUGGCAGAAUGCAAUAUUUACUACAUACCUUGAAGCAAUAUUGAAAAACAGAAAAUUACUUUUUCAGUUACAGAAUUAUUUACAAUGUGUAGUUUGAUUACAGGUAUCACAUGCAAUCAUGGCCGGAGGUAGACCACACCAUAGCACACACCUUUCAUCCUUAACUUACUUUCAAAAUAUUAGCAUAAUCAUAAACAAAUUAAUUUUAAUUGGAAUAAUGCAGUUGCUAUUUAACUUAUAUGAUAUGAUGUGAUGUUGAACACCUUGCAAAGGACCAAUGUGGGGCCUGCCUGACAUGGUUGUUAUGUUGCAGUGUAGCAAUGGUCACCUCAUGUGUGCUCCAUGCUUCACGCAUUUACUUGCGGAUGCGCGGCUGCGCGACGAGGCGGCUACGUGCCCAAACUGUCGCGUGGAAAUAUCUAAGACGUCCGCCUCCAGAAACCUAGCCGUCGAGAAGACAGUCUCGGAGCUCCCUUCCGAGUGCAAGUUCUGCACGCGCGUGUUCCCGCGCCACUCGCUUCAGCACCACGAGGAAAACACGUGCGAGGAGAGGCUGACGGGGUGUCGCUUCGCGUGCAUCGGAUGCCCGUGGCGCGGGCCGGCGCACGAGGGCGGCGCGCACGAGGCGGCCUGCGCGCACCCCGCCAAGUCGGCCGCCGACGUCGUGGCCACGCUGGCCGAGCGGGACCGCCGCGCCAGCGAGGCUAACGCCAUCUACAACCAGGUGCUAGAUCUGCUCUCCUACGAGAAAAUUGCCUUCAACGAUCUACAACUGAAGCCGUACCGUACGGAGGAGUUCAUGCACAAGCUGUACUACGAGACGUCGCGGUUCUCCGCCUUCGGCCACCAGUGGGUGGUGAAGGCCUUCGUCAACAAGAACCAGCGCGACCCCACGCAGAGCUCGCAGCGGGAGAUCACCUACCAGCUGAUCCUGAAGAGCAAGACGUCGUGUGCGCUGGGCGUGCAGUGGGUGGCGCUGCGCGGGCCGUGGGGCGAGGCGCGGCUGGGCGCGGCCGUGCGGGCGCACAGCUUCCACGAGGACGCGCCCGACGCCGCGCCCGCGCCGCUGCCGCUGGCCGACCGCGGGGACACCAACCGACUGCUCUCCAACAAGGCCAUACACUUCCGGUAA